UACAAAAUUCCAAAAUAAAAAUAAAAAAACCGCCAUCUCUGUGGGAUCACCAUGCUCCUUUUUCUCUCUCUUCUUUUUCUUUUUCUGAUGUGAAGCUUCUUCUUUUUUCUUCUUCCAUCACAUUACAACAGACAAAGGCAACAAUUUUUGACCCUUCAAUCCAACCAACGCUCUGAUUGAUUCACUGGAAUGGACUUCUGGGACUCCUUGUACUGUUUUCUUGCCUAGUGUCAAGCAGAGGAGUGAUAGUCUUCAUGGCAGCAGCAAAGCGCGUGUACCAAGUUUGGAAAGGAAGUAAUAAAUUCAUAUGUGGAGGGAGGUUGGUAUUUGGGCCUGAUGCUAGGUCCCUGCUUAUCACCUUGUUGCUGAUUUUGGUUCCAGUUAUCAUCUUUUGUGUAUGUGUAGCAAGGCAUCUUCGGCAUGAAUUUUCUUCAGAUUAUUCAGGAUAUGCUAUUUUAGUAGUGGCAAUUCUGUUUACUAUUCUUGUCCUGUUGCUUCUCUUUCUUACUUCCUCUCGUGAUCCGGGUAUCAUUCCAAGAAAUUUACAUCCACCAGAAGAAGAGUUCCGUUAUGAUUCUUCUGCUGAUGCUGGGGGAGCACGACAAACACCUAGCCUUCAGUUCCCUCGAACAAAAGAAGUGAUUGUCAAUGGUCUUGUUGUAAAGGUGAAAUACUGUGACACUUGUAUGCUGUAUCGUCCUCCUCGUUGCUCACAUUGCUCCAUUUGCGACAACUGUGUUGAGCGUUUCGAUCACCACUGCCCUUGGGUGGGCCAAUGCAUUGGACUGAGAAACUACCGUUACUUCUUUCUGUUUGUUUCUUCAGCAACUAUUUUGUGCAUCUAUGUCUUUUCCUUCUCAGCUUUUUACAUCAAGGUUCUGAUGGAUAAUAAUGACAGUACCGUGUGGAAGGCGAUAAGAAAAUCUCCUGCAUCUGUGAUACUAAUGGCUUAUUCUUUCAUCUCUCUGUGGUUUGUUGGUGGACUAACUGGUUUUCAUUUAUACCUUAUAGGCACAAAUCAGACAACCUAUGAAAACUUCCGGUACAGAGCUGAUGGCAGGAUCAAUGUUUUCAACCGAGGUUGUUUAAAUAAUUUUCUUGAAGUGUUCUGCACAAAAGUAAAGCCCUCAAGGAACAAAUUCAGGGCUUUUGUCCAAGAGGAGGUACAAAGGCCAAUGGCUCCGGUCAAUGACCGGCAGCGUGUUUCAGAUGACUUGGGUGGAGAUCGCCGUCCUAAGGUUGAAGAUGAUCUAGAUAUUGGUGAAGACCUAUUGAAGAUAUCGCAGCGUAGGAAUAUCGAAGAACUCGAUGAGGACAUUCGGAGCAGAGGGAGCAACGGACAGCCCCAUAAUACAUCUGAACCUGACUCAAUUUUGUCGUCAGAUCGUCGAGCUCAAACAAUUCGAUCCGAUAAUAGGCACUCAAGUUGGGAAAGGAGGAGUGCAAGCUGGGAAAUUGAUCAAGAUGUUCUUGCCAAUUCAAAUGUCACUGAAAGCAGAAACUAUGUUACAUCAAAGGAAAUGCGCCAAUGAGGAGUCUGGUUUGUCUUUAUGAUAUUUUCAUGGCACCAAAUAUUUGUGAUGUGAGAUUACGUGGAUGCUAAAGAUGGUAAAGGAAGCGUUCCUUGAUCAGAUUUUGCCAUUAUUCAAAAGGGAGUUGAAUUAGUUGGGAAAUUUUGGCAUAAAAACUUAGCUUGCCUUUUAUGGUGAUCCUAGUUCAUUGAGAGGUCAUAUAAAUUUGUGUUUGUAAUUGUUUAAGGGACGAAGUGUCUUGGUUUUUCUGUUUUUGUAAGCAGUCAUAUAUGUGGAUCUCAUGUUGGCUAUAUUCUUUAUGUAAAUAACCAAUUAUGAUACUGAAAUAGCUUCUCUACAUGUAUUGCA